AUGGGUCGCCCGCGCAAGGAAGACAAGCAGCAGAAGGAGACUGCUGAGCUGAUGAUUAGUGUGGAUGAAUUCAAGCAGACGCGCGAUUCGCGCAAUAAUGGUCCCUCCAUGCCCGCUAGCGCAUUCCUCCCUCCAGCGCAAGCCCUCCAAGCCCGCGUCGGCAUGGGUGAUAUGUCACGCCAGCUGCGCGAGCUCAUCAGCUCCAUCCCACUCGUUCUUGCCCAAUUGAGAUUGAUUCCUGACCCGAAAUUCUUCAUCCAGGUCGUUGUCGGCUUGACCACCCUGCAAGCUGCCGUCCAGGACCUCCUCAAUUCAUAUAUCAAGCACACGCACUCUGUGCUUGGCACUACGCCCCACCGCCUUGACGGCAUUUCCAAUCCCUUGAACAACAAUGAUAUCCUUGCCGGUACUGGCUUGCGCGGGUCUCCUCCAGCCACUGCUGGCCCGGCCACUACCGCCGCUCCUCAGCCCGUUGCGGCCCCGGUUGUUGCUCCCGCAGAAGAGGAGCCGGUCAAGAAGGGCAGGAAGCCCAAGAAGGAGAAGAAGGAGAAGGACCCUAAUGAACCCAAGCGUCCGUUGACCAUGUACUUUCUGUACUCCGCUCAGGCGCGUCCCAUUGUUAAGGAGGACCUGGGUCCCAAUGUCUCGCCCGGUGCAGUUGAGGAGGAGAUUAAGAAGCGCUGGAGGGAGCUUGGCGAAGACGAGAAGAAGGCUUGGCAGGAGGUCUACACCAAGAACAGGGAUGAGUACCUCGUGAAGAUAGCCGAGUACAAGGCCGCCAAGAGCGAGGCCGAGGCUGGCAAGAGCCCGGCCGUUGGUGCUGAAGGCGACGUCGAGAUGGCCGAGGGCGCGGCUACGGCUACUGGCGCUACCGCUGACGAGGCCACUCCUUCUGAGGAAGAGAGCGAGAAGGAACCAAGCCCUGCGAAGGCUCCCACACCUCCGGCUGAGAGCAAGACUCCCAAGCCCAAGCGCCGCAAGACUGGCAAGGAGAACGGUGUCGCUGCAGCCUCCUCUGCUGCAGCUCCUGCUCACACUGCGAGCCCCAUCCCUCUUCCCUCUCACCCCAAGAACGCGGUCGAGAGUACUCCGGCUAAAGCGAAGGCUGAGAAGAAGGGCAAGAAAGAGGAGCCUAAGGAGGCCCCCAAGGAAGUCGUCGAGGAGCCUAAGAAGAGGCGCGGCAGGAAGUCCAAGGGCGCCGAGGAGGUUGCUGCCGCCGCCGCCGAGGCUGCUCCCGCUGAGCCGGAGAAGAAGAACAAGCGCAAGCGCAAGAGCGAGGCCACCGCUGCUUGA